UGGGGGGAGGAGGCGGCGGCGGCGGCGUUCCGUUAGUGACGUUGGGCUCCGGCGGCCGUGGCAGCGCUUUCUCUUCUGCUGACCCGGAGCUGGGAGGCCAGCUCUCGCCGCCACCUCGCUCGCGAUGGGAGCGCAGGACCGGCCGCAGUGUCACUUCGACAUCGAGAUCAACCGCGAGCCGGUUGGCCGCAUUAUGUUUCAGCUCUUCUCAGACAUAUGUCCAAAAACAUGCAAAAACUUCCUUUGCCUGUGCUCAGGGGAGAAAGGCCUUGGGAAAACAACUGGGAAGAAGUUGUGUUACAAAGGUUCUACAUUCCACCGUGUGGUUAAAAACUUUAUGAUUCAGGGUGGGGACUUCAGUGAAGGUAAUGGAAAAGGUGGAGAGUCAAUUUAUGGUGGAUAUUUUAAAGAUGAAAACUUUAUUCUCAAACAUGACAGAGCGUUCCUUUUGUCAAUGGCAAAUCGAGGGAAACAUACCAAUGGUUCCCAGUUUUUCAUAACUACAAAGCCUGCUCCACACCUAGAUGGAGUACAUGUUGUGUUUGGACUGGUUAUUUCUGGUUUUGAAGUAAUUGAACAAAUUGAAAAUCUGAAAACGGAUGCUGCAAGUAGACCUUAUGCAGACGUGAGAGUUAUUGACUGUGGGGUGCUUGCCACCAAGUCAACAAAAGAUGUUUUUGAGAAAAAAAGGAAGAAACCAACACAGUCAGAAGACUCGGAGUCUUCUUCCAAUUCCUCUUCCUCUUCAGAAUCAUCUUCAGAAAGUGAAAUUGAACGUGAGAGAAGCAAAAGAAGGAAACACAAGAGGAGGCCAAAAGUGAAACAUUCUAAAAAGAGACGGAAGGAAGUGAGCAGUUCAGAAGAACCCAGGAAUAAGCAUACACUGAGCCCUAAAGGUCACUCUGAGAGGAAUGAUGCUAAUGAGAAAAGGUCCAGUGAUUCAAAUGCUAAAAGGGAAAAGCCUGUUGUCCGCCCAGAAGAGAUCCCUCCAGUGCCUGAGAACCGUUUUCUCCUUAGAAGAGACAUGCCUGCUGUCACUGUGGAGCCUGAACCGAAGAUUCCAGAUGUUGUACCUGUUGCAAAUGACCAGAAACCAUCAGUAUCAAAGUCUGGUCGGAAGAUUAAAGGAAGAGGCACAAUUCGCUAUCACACACCUCCAAGGUCACGGUCUCGUUCUGAGUCAGAAGAUGAUGGUAGCAGUGAGACUCCUCCUCACUGGAAAGAGGAAAUGCAGAGAUUAAGAGCAUACAGACCUCCCAGUGGAGAGAAAUGGAGUAAAGGAGAUAAGUUGAGUGAGCCCUGUUCAAGCCGAUGGGAUGAAAGAAGCUUGUCCCAGAGAUCCCGGUCACGGUCCCAUAGUGGUUAUUAUUCAGACCUGAGUGCAGCAAGACAUUCUGACGGUCGCCGCAGGAAACGUAGGAAGGAGAAAAAGGUUAAGCAUAAGAAAAAAGCUAAAAAGCAGAAACACUGCAGAAGACACAAACAGACCAAGAAGAGAAGGGUUGUGCAGUGUGAUGUGGAGCCCUCAGCAUCUCCCACUUGCCGCAUGAAACCCUCCUGUGCUAGAGAAAGGAGGUCCCCAUCCUCCUCCUCAUCUCACCACUCAUCUCAGAGGGACUGGUCGAAAUCAGACGAGGAUGACCAGAGCUCUUCAGCCCACUCCAGCAGAGACUCCUACAGAUCCAAGGCUCAUUCACGGUCGGGUUCUAGAGGAAGCACCAGAUCAAGGACUUCAUCAAAAUCCUCAUCAUGCCGUCACAGUAGAUCAAAGUCCAGAUCUAGUUCCAAGUCAGGGCACCGAAGACCAGCAUCAAAGUCACCAAGAACAGCUCAUCAGGUAAGUGAAGAUAAACCAGUUAAGACAGAACCUUUGAGAGCAACAGUACCACACAACGGAAAUGCAGUGCAACCGGUGGUAGCAGAAAAUAUUCCUGUCAUACCCUUGAGUGACAGCCCUCCCCCUUCAAGGUGGAAGCCUGGACAGAAGCCCUGGAAGCCUUCUUAUGAACGAAUUCAGGAAAUGAAAGCUAAAACAACUCAUUUGCUGCCCAUCCAGAGCACAUACAGCUUAGCAAAUUCAAAGGACACUGGUAGUUCCUCCUCCUACCAUAAACGACAGAGAAACUCAGAAAGUGAUCGGAGUGCUUAUUCAAAGUGCAGUGAUGGAAGUUCUGAAAGUUCACGCAGGUCAGGGAGCAGGUCCUCCAGGAGCAGGUCCUACUCUAGGUCACACACAAGGUCUCGGUCACAGAGUUCGGCUAGUUCACAGUCAAGGUCUAGGUCCCCGUCAUCUAGAUCUCGCUCACGGAGUAAGUACAGUGACCAUUGCCGGCGCAGCAGGUCGUCUUCGUACACUUCUGUGAGCAGUGAUGCCGGAAGACAAACCACAAGGAAGUUCCGAUCCCAUGGGAAGAAAAAGCACACUUUAAAUAAAAGGUACAGCCGCAGCUCUGAACAGGCUCUUCACAAUAAAUAUGGCAGAAGUAGAAAGCAGCCUUCCUGUCAGAGGAGGUCCAGUGAAAGCAGGUCAUCACUGGAUUCAUCAGACAGUCAGCAGUCCAGUGUUGAGAUUAUGCAGUCAGCCCCAGAGAAGGAGAGGCAGGAGAAAAUGGAAAUCGCAAAUGACAAGCAGGACAGAGGCAGACAUGAAGGGAAAUCCAAGCCUGAAUGGGAAGGCCCCCAUUCAAAAAAAAGAACUUUAAAAGAGAACCUAUCUGAUCACUCUAAGAAUGACACUAAGGUCAGAAGGAAGAGCUGUGCUGGGAGUAGAUGGGACUCUGAGUCAAAUUCAGAGCGAGAUGUAGCUGAGGGCAGUAAAAGUGACUCUCAGCAGUCUUCUGGUAAGGAAGAGGGUGAGGCCACAUCGGAGUCUGGGUCAGAGGUCAGCGAGGCUCAUACCAAAGCUAAGCCUCCAGCAAAGGCUUCCAUAAGCACGCCACUACCUGACAGCAACGGAGUGUGGAAAGCCAGGAGACCGUUGUCCUCGACUUCUGAUUCAGAGGACGCCUGGUCCAGCUCUGAAAGAAGCAGAGUCCAGCCACGGAGGCGCAAACACGGGUCAAAGGAAAGUCUUAGAAAAGAGUACAUGAGAAAAGAGAAAUUAAAAGCUAAAAAGGACAAAAAACACAAGGCUCCUAAACGAAAGCAAGCUUUCCACUGGCAGCCUCCCCUGGAGUUUGGUGAAGAGGAGGAGGAGGAGAUGAACGAAAAGCAAGUUACUCAGGAGUUGAAAGAUAAAGAAGAAAGUUUGGAAAACUGUGAAACCAUAAAAGAUAAUCUCCCCAAAGCAGAGAGCUUUUGUGAUGAGGGCAGCUUCUCAGGUAAAUAUAAAAACAUGACUGUUUCAGAUCAUGGCCUGCUUGCCAAGGAGGAUAGUAAGCCCAGCACGAGUCCUGCAGCCUUAGACAUGGAGAUGGAGGAGAAAGUCACAAGUUCUCCCCUUUGCCCCCAGCACAUUGAGGACGGUAUCUUGGAGGAUGUUCUUCAAGCAGAUGACAGCAUGGAGAUUUGCACUCCUGAUAGGAGCUCCCCAGCAAAGGCAGAGGGGGCUUCCCCGACAGCAAAUCCUGGGUCCAGCACCCUGGCGAUGAGCACUAUUUCAGAGCAGGGUGUGCAGCCGGCACAGCUUGAAGCAGAGGGACCAAGGCAGGAAAAUAGCAUGUCUGAAAGCAAAACCCUGGGUGAGGGGAGAAAGCUUAGCAGCAGCUCUGUUAGCUUGGCCAGUGCUCCAGAAAGUCCUGGGAAGAAGGAGGAGGCUGACAAGAGCCAGGUUAGCCGAACAGAUAAUAAGUGGAAGCCCCUGCAAGGAGUGGGGAACCUGGCAGUACCUCCUACCACCACACCCAGUGCCCUUGACUUAAAGACGCUGGCUGCUGUGCCUGAGGGGAAGCCCCAAGGUUUGAGAAUAGAAAUCAAAAGCAAAAAUAAGGUUCGGCCUGGGUCUCUCUUUGAUGAAGUAAGAAAGACAGCACGCCUAAAUCGGAGACCAAGAAACCAAGAGAGUUCAAGUGACGAGCAGACACCUAGUCGGGAUGGCAAUAGCCAGUCAAGGAGUCCACAUCGAUCUCGAAGUAAAUCUGGAACCAAGUCACGACACAGAACAAGGUCUGUCUCCUACAGCCACUCAAGAAGUCGAUCGAGAAGCUCCACAUCCUCUUACCGAUCAAGAAGCUACUCAAGAAGUCGGAGCAGGGGCUGGUACAGCAGAGGCCGGAGCCGGAGCCGGAGCAGCUCCUACCGCAGUUACAAAAGCCACAGGACAUCCAGCCGGAGCAGGUCCAGGAGCAGCUCUUAUGACCCUUACAGUCGCUCCAGGUACGGGGCAGGUGGAGCAACCCUCAGAGUCUUGUCCUACACGUAUGAUAGCUACUACAGCAGGAGUCGGAGUCGCAGCCGGAGUCAUAGCCAGAGGAGCGACAGCUACCGCCGAGGCAGCAGACACAGCCGGCGAUCCAGGAGUGGUAGAUCUUACGGCUCUGACAGCGAAAGUGACCGAAGUUAUUCUCAUCACCGAAGCCCCAGUGAAAGCAGCAGAUAUAGUUGAAGACAUCUUUUUAAAUUUUUUUUUAUAAAGACUGUAUCUUAACUGUAAAUAUCUGAUAACUUAAAAGUUUAAGAAACGUAUUGACAGUCUGUUGUGUUUCAGUAUUAGAGGUCAUAUUCAAAGUUAGCUGUGUCUUAAUUGUCACUUGUUUACCUAUGUGCAAAAUUUAAAAUACACAUCUGUCUCCUAGAAAUAUUUUUAUGACACAUUUUACAAUAGCCAACUAUGGACUUUGCAUUUUCAUGAAUCAAGAAAUUAUGGAAUUUAUAUUAAGUAUAAUUUGCAAUAUUACUUCAGAUAGACUUUCUCUCCAGCUCAUGUAUUCCUCAGAAUAGAUUCUUUUUGCCCGUUUUUCAGGUCUUAGAAUCCAUGCUGCCAAAUAGAACUGUGAAGGAGCUGUCCCAGAUGGCCACGAUCUCCUAUAUUGGUGACAGUCUUGUCCAUGUGUGCUCUGAAAUCAGGCCACCCAGACUCCAUCCGAUAGUGACCAAGAGUGGAGGGCAGAGACUUUGGGGUGGCUUGUUCCUGCCUACCUGCCAUCUAGGAGAGCCAGAAAAUGCCCCAUGCUGUGUGGCCUCUGAUGUGCACACUGUGGGCUGGCCUUAGCUGUAAGCAUGAGCCUGUCUCUAAGGAGGGAAUCUGCUCUGGCCACUCCCCAGGCUCCGGUGGCAAAGAGCUUAUGCUAGCUCUUGACUUGGUGCUCGGGGCCUUUUGGUGCCUCUCGCUCAUGACUCCAUUACCUAGUUAGAACGUCAGAAGAGAAGUCUUUUUUAUUAUUUAUUAGCACCACAAAUGGUAACUUCUGAGCUAUGUUUACUUUGACUGUUGUGGGACUUCUUCCAAGCACUGACGUGUGUUGGGGGUCCCCUGGAGCAGCAGGGUUAGCAGUGGGGCAUGUCACCACAUGUAUACUUCUGGUGACAUGUGUUGAAGAACCGACUUGUAACUACAGGGUCAUUUGGAGACUCUGGCAUAGCUUCAGCUGACAUGCGCAUCUCUCAGGUAGGGGAGUGUUUUCACCUGACUGAGUACAGCCUGGCCUCACCUAAGUAACAAGGCAGUACUAGGUCCUAGACACUGGGCAGAACACGUUUUCUCAUGGCUUUGGGUGGUUCCUCUAAAAUUUGACCUGUGAAAACUAGCGUGGUUUUUGUGUGUGUUUGUUUCAUUCUUUACUUUGCAUUCUUUCUCCAAGUGUACUUAAUCACCUUAGUGCCGGUUUAAUCCACUCACGCAGAAGGAAUUCCUGGUGGAUGCUUGGGGUGGAAAUCUGCACCACCCCAACCCCGGCCUUUGCUGGUGUGCUUGAGAGGUAAGAGGGCCCCAGGCUGGAGUAGCUAAUGAAUGUGUGUGGUCUUCAGAGGCUGGGUGUGGCUCAGUGGUGGUGCCCAGGGGUCAGUGUGCAGCAACACCUCAGAAAUGAUAGUCCUUCUUAGGAGGUAUGCAGAUUGGGUUAACGGUUAACAGGUUAACACCGGUUGUCAGGUAGAAUUACAUUAGAAAGCAGGACUGUGUCAGAAGUACUUGGUGGUGAGUCCACACACGUGAUUUGUAGUUUUCAAAGCAGCCUAAGACAAGGUUGUUUCAGCCUACUAACUCGUUAGUGGGAAGGCAUGAAUUCAGAACCUGAACAGAAACUGCCAAAUCUAAUAGUUAAGAAAAGUUACUCUUGGGCAGUGGAUUUGUGUUUUGUUGCUGUGUGAAAAAUUGCGCCAAAUUUCACAGCUUUAAACAACAACGCCCAUGUGUUGUCGGUUGGCAGUUCCACAACCCAUGAGCCCAGCAGGGUGUGUCUGGCUUCUCUGCUCAGGGUCUCAGAAGGCUAGUGAGCAGGGUGACAUUCCUUAAUGAAGGCUUCAGGGAUGAGUUGCCUUCUAGGCUAGCUAGCUCCUCUGUCCUGUCAGCUCCCUCAGCUUCUCUGGGCUCCUGUAAGGCUCCUCACAUGCCCUGUGCUGUGGCGCCUCCAGCUGCCAGCCAGCGGUGGCCUGUUGAGUCCUCUCAUGCUUCAAUUCUCUGCCUUCUUCCUGCAGUAAGGGUUGCACGUGACUAGCUCAAACCCCAGAGAUCACAUUUUAAGACCUGUUGUGCCGUUGAACACUGACCACAGGAGUGAUACAGCUCAUCGAAUUGGCAGGUUCUGGGGGUUGGUAAGAUAGGGACAUUGGUAUUCUGCCUACUGUGGCUGUGGAUGGGACUUUAUCCAGACAGCUCAGCCCUCUUCUGCAGUAUUGGACUUGCCUGUUUACUCAAUUGAACUACAGAAAUGGCUUUUCUCCCUAAUGGGAUCAUUCUAUAUUUUGAAAUUAUUUUUUAAUAAAAUUGAAUUAUGUUGUGUACUGUGUUUAGUAAAAAAAAUGUAUUACUGGACAGUUUUGUAACAUCCUGUUUACUGCAAAUUAAAUAGCUGAUAUUGUUUAAAAUGUAGAAAAUCCUUUUUGUACAUACUAGCCAUGUCUAGUUUGUAUAUACUUCAUUAAAUUUCCCUACAGCCUGGGAAGGGUAGAAAUGAAAAUA